CCUACUACUUAGUAUUUAUUAGUUUAUUGUUAUUAUUUUAUUAUGCGUGCAGUAAAUUAUUUAAUAUUUAUACCUUCUGUGUCAAAUCGAAACAAUUGAGUACUUAUUUGUUUAGUGGUUGCUUGAUGCCAGACGCCGCACUUGUUGUCCCUUGACAAUCGUCGUGAAUCAUUUAACUGCUUUUAAGUUUUAGUGUUAUAAAACAACCUAUACUCACUGUAAUGCAAUCUGAAUGAAUCAACGGCAACCAAAAAUAAUAUUAAACCAAAAACGAAAAUAUGGCUGAACUGGAAAGUGAAGAUAGUUCAGAUGGUACCUUAGUUAUCGAUGAACCAAAUUAUGAUAAUCAAACAAUUGAAAUAUCAGAUAAUUCUGACUCUGAUGUGGAAAUUGUUAAAUUAAAUGAUAAUAUAAAUGAUAAUUCAGAUGUGGAAGUUGUUGAAUUAGAUGAUGAUAUAAAAGCUAAUUCCGAUGUGGAAAUUGUUGAAUUAGAUAAUCAUAUAAAAAAUGUUUCUUUUUCAUUGAAUCCUUCAAGUUCAUCCACUAAAAUUGGUUUAACAUGUAAACCUUGCUCUAGAGUAUUUUCUACUAACAAUGAAUUACUCAAUCACAUCAGAAAAUUUAAGGGAAGAAUAGGAGGUUGUACCAAUAUACCAAAUAAUACAUUAACUAAAAGAAAAGAUGUUGAAAGCCCCAAACCUGAGCGGUUAAUUAAAAAGAAACGCGGCAGGCCACCAAAAAGUAAUAUUAUUAUUGCUCCUAAGAUUCCUUUACCUGUUCCUAAAAUCAUUCCCCUAAAUCGUCCAUCAAUACCAGAUUUAAUACCAAUAGUCUUUAAGUCGAAUACCAGACCUACUAUUGCAACCAAUAAUAAUAUUUUACCAUCUCUUGGUCAAAUAUUAAUUGAUGAAAUUGAACCAGAACAUCCAUGUACAAUAUGUGGUGAAAUAUUUCGUCAUAAUAUUGGUCUUUUAUGUCAUUUGAAUGCUGAGCACAAUAAUGAAACUAAUAAAAAAGAUUCAAACAAAAAAGAAAAAUCAACAAAAUUGAGAGUAAAAAAACAAACUAAGGAAAAACAUCUUGUUAACGAAAAUAAGCAAAUAGAAAACUAUGAGCCCAUAUCAGACACUGUUGAUUUAACACUAUUGCCAGAUAUUAAAAAAGACAGUUUGAUAAAUAGAAUGAAAUCUUAUGUGUAUUGUAAUAAAGGUCAAGUAAUUUGUGUUCUAUGCAAUAUAGACUUCAAAAAUACUAAAAAAGCAUUAGCUCAUGUUGAAGAUAAGCAUAUAAUGAAUAAAAUAGAAUGUGGGUAUUGUAAUAUGAAAUUUGUUUAUGAAUUAAAACUAAGAAGUCAUAUGGCAAGAAGACAUAAAGUAAUAAGUGUUCACAAAUGUGAUAAGUGUUUAAAGAUGAUAAAUAAUGAAGAAAUUAAUUCUCACUCAGAAAAAUGCAAAGAAAAAGUAAACCCAUUAAUAAUCAAAAGAGAAGAAGAUAUCUAAUAACAGUUAAUAAAGUUAAAUUAUUAUUUAGUCGUAAGUAACAUAUUAAUUUAAUACCAAAAUAAAACCAUACUAUAAAGUAUCCAUUUAAAAUAUUUAGUUAUAAUCAAAGAAAAAAAACAAUAAUUUUGUUAACUUAAGUCUGUCUAACGACAGAUCAUGCAGUUUUUGUGCAUUUAAAAUAAAAUCAUCCAACUACCUGGGCCGAUUUAUCCCCUCUAUGACUCCAAAAUUCACGAGAAUUUGGUGAAGUAUGCACAAAGUUGACUAGUUUUCAUUUAAGGCAUGAUCUCUCGCUAAACAAUGUAUAGGUAUCAGUUUUAUUAUUAUUAUUUUUUUUUUACAUAAAAUUUAAAAAUCAUGUAACAUCUUGGUGUCUGAGUCUUAAAGACAAUAAUAAAAUUAUAUAUUGUAUUAUACAUAUAGUACAUUAGAUAAAAACUAAAAGUUUUAUUUUAGA